AUGAACGCCAACGUAUAUGAAGCGUGCCACAAUCUUGUAAAGGGCCCCAAUGGCACCAUUCUCUCUCCAGAUGAGUGUCUUGGGCUCAGAAUAAACCAUAUAUGUCCCAUUCCCCUCAUGACUAGAGACGAACUACAUCCACGAUUGCCUUCUAUAGACACGAAGGUGGUCCACUACUUCUUGACCCAGUUGAUCCUGCAAAGAUACCCGCAUCUGGUGGGCAGAUUCGACGAAACAAGUCUUAUUACGAUUAGCUGGCUGCUCGAGAAAUGGAUCGCAGAGUAUCUCGUGCUUUCCGGGUCCGAAAAGCUUUCUGACGGCGUUUCCAAGCAGAUUACAAAGCCUAUAAACUAUAGAUAUUCUCCAGCUGAUAUUUAG